AUGGCUCGGCCUGACCCGUCCGCGCCGCCCUCGCUGCUGCUGCUGCUCCUGGCUCAGCUGGCGGGCCGGGCAGCAGCCGCUUCCAAGGCCCCGGUGUGCCAGGAAAUCACGGUGCCCAUGUGCCGCGGCAUCGGCUACAACCUGACGCACAUGCCCAACCAGUUCAACCACGACACGCAGGACGAGGCGGGUCUGGAGGUGCACCAGUUCUGGCCGCUGGUGGAGAUCCACUGCUCGCCCGAUCUGCGCUUCUUCUUAUGCUCCAUGUACACGCCCAUCUGCCUGCCCGACUACCACAAGCCGCUGCCGCCCUGCCGCUCGGUGUGCGAGCGCGCCAAGGCCGGCUGCUCGCCCCUCAUGCGCCAGUACGGCUUCGCCUGGCCCGAGCGCAUGAGCUGCGACCGCCUCCCGGUGCUGGGCCGCGACGCCGAAGUCCUGUGCAUGGAUUACAACCGCAGCGAGGCCACUACGGCGCCCCCCAGGCCCUUCCCGGCCAAGCCCACCCUCCCAGGCCCGCCAGGGGCUCCGGCCUCGGGGGGCGAGUGCGCCGCCGGUGGCCCGUCGGUGUGCAAGUGCCGCGAGCCCUUCGUGCCCAUCCUGAAGGAGUCGCACCCGCUCUACAACAAGGUGCGGACGGGCCAGGUGCCCAACUGCGCGGUGCCUUGCUACCAGCCGUCCUUCAGCCCGGACGAGCGCACGUUCGCCACCUUCUGGAUCGGCCUGUGGUCCGUGCUGUGCUUCAUCUCCACCUCUACCACCGUGGCCACCUUCCUCAUCGACAUGGAACGCUUCCGCUACCCUGAGCGCCCCAUCAUCUUCCUCUCAGCCUGCUACCUGUGCGUGUCGCUGGGCUUCCUGGUGCGCCUGGUCGUGGGCCACGCCAGCGUCGCCUGCAGCCGCGAGCACAGCCACAUCCACUACGAGACGACGGGCCCCGCGCUGUGUACCGUCGUCUUCCUGCUGGUCUACUUCUUUGGCAUGGCUAGCUCCAUCUGGUGGGUCAUCUUGUCGCUCACCUGGUUCUUGGCGGCUGGCAUGAAGUGGGGCAACGAGGCCAUCGCGGGCUAUGCUCAGUACUUCCACCUGGCCGCCUGGCUCAUCCCCAGCGUCAAGUCCAUCACGGCGCUGGCACUGAGCUCCGUGGACGGGGACCCGGUGGCCGGCAUCUGCUACGUGGGCAACCAGAACCUGAACUCGCUGCGCGGCUUCGUGCUGGGCCCGCUGGUGCUCUACCUGCUGGUGGGCACGCUCUUCCUCCUGGCGGGCUUCGUGUCGCUCUUCCGCAUCCGCAGCGUCAUCAAGCAGGGUGGCACCAAGACGGACAAGCUGGAGAAGCUCAUGAUCCGCAUCGGCAUCUUCACGCUGCUCUACACGGUGCCCGCCAGCAUCGUGGUGGCCUGCUACCUGUAUGAGCAGCACUACCGCGAGAGCUGGGAGGCCGCCCUCACCUGCGCCUGCCCGGGCCCCGACGCCGGCCAGCCGCGCGCCAAGCCAGAGUACUGGGUGCUCAUGCUCAAGUACUUCAUGUGCCUCGUGGUGGGCAUCACGUCGGGCGUCUGGAUCUGGUCCGGCAAGACGGUGGAGUCGUGGCGGCGCUUCACCAGCCGCUGCUGCUGCCGCCCGCGCCGGGGCCACAAGAGCGGCGGCGCCAUGGCCGCCGGGGACUACGCCGAGGCAAGCGCGGUGCUCACCGGCAGGACCGCGCCGCCCGGCCCCGCCGCCGCUGCCUACCACAAGCAGGUGUCCCUGUCGCACGUGUAG